GAGUGGUGGAGGGUUCUUCGCACUGUGUGGGAUAUCUUUAUCUGAAUAUUGAUUUCUAUCAUGGCAAGAUACCAAGGCGCUGCCAAAGGUGGUAUAAGUGGUGACCCCAAAAAAGCUGCUACCGAAAGUGCCGACUUUCCCAUUCUUUGCGAAAGUUGUUUAGGUCCUAACCCUUACAUCCGAAUGUUGAAGGACUCCAUGGGUGCUGAAUGUCAAAUAUGUACCCGUCCUUUUACUUGUUUUCGUUGGAAACCUGGUGGAGCUGGAACUCGGUAUAAGAAAACGGAAAUAUGUCAAACCUGUGCCCGUUUGAAAAACGUUUGUCAAACUUGUUUAUUCGAUUUGCGGUACGGGUUGCCCGUUCAAGUUAGAGACCAAGCGAUAGCAGAAGGUGAUAGACUGGCAACGUUGGUUCCCAAGUCGGAUAUCAACCGAGAAUACUUUGCAGAACAAGCAGACCGCCUAGUAGCCACUGGAAAUGUAGAGGCGGUCUAUCAACAGCCUGCAACUAACCCUAUCGUUGAAAAGCUAGCUAGAAAAGAACCAAGGUAUCAUAGAAACUUGUCACAUGUUUGUUCGUUUUAUCAAAAAGGAGAAUGCAAAAGAGGAGCUUUAUGUCCUUACAGGCAUGAAAGAGCUCCCGAUGAUGAACAACUGACGACACAAGGUAUCAAAAACAGAUAUUAUGGAGUAAAUGAUCCCUUGGCUGAGAAAAUGUUGAGAAGAUUGGGAGAAAAAACGAGUUUUCCUGAACCACCGACAGACCCGAAAGCAAAGACAUUGUUUGUUGGUGGAGUUGGUUCUUUGGUUUCCUAUGAAGAGAUUGCACAAUUAUUCGAAAAGUAUGGUGAAAUAGAAAAUAUUAAAGUCAUUCGUGAAAAGAGUAUUGCAUUUAUCGAAUUUAAGGAACGCAUUGCGGCAGAAAGGACAAUGGAAACGUUAUAUGGAAAAGUUCAUCUUGGAGGACAGAAAGUUUUCCUUAAUUGGGCUAAGCCUCAUGAAGAGAACGAUAAUCUAAAUGAUCCUUCUACUAUGUUACCAGAUAACUAUUCGGUAAAAAAUAAGACAACUGAGAAUGAUAACCUUUCAGAGGCACUCAAGGACACUCAGAAUAAUUCUCCAGAAGAGGUGCAACGAGUAGACUCUAAUAAAAACAAGUGACGACAACACAUACGAUGGCUCUUCCUUAUGA